AUGUAUACGCUUCGUCCUAGGCAGUUCAAUCGGCCUUCUCAUUACCCUCCCUUCCUCGGUCAUCCCGCCCGUGGCCCCUCCCUCCCCUUCCACAGGCAUAACCGCUCCCUCCGUGGAACCGACUCCGCCGCCGCACGAUCCGGCGCCGGUCACGGCGACGGCGCAUCGUCGGGGGAGGCCUUCCCCGGGAUGGACGACUGGCCGGACGCGCCGAGCCUGCCACGUCGGCGCAUCCUCCGCGCCGCGUCAUCCGACGAUCUCGUCGACGUGGACGAUCUCGACAUGGUCCACAACCAGAACAUGCCGCUCCCUGAUUGGGCAAGAGAUAUUCCCUCCAUGACCAUCUUCUGCGCUCCGAAGCCGUACUUAAACACCCCAGAGGACCCGCAGCGCCGCGCGCUGCUCUCCUGGCUGCGCCUCCGCCCGCAACCCAAGGUCGUGCUGCUGGGAUCGGACCCCAGCUUCGAUCUCCUCGCGCAGGAAUUCCCGGGGUCCGUAUUCGUCGACUCGACGAUCGACACGAAUUUCUACGGCGUCCCGCUGUUCCACGCGAUGGUCGCGCGCGCGCAGGCGGCGGACACGCCGCUGUCGAUGCUGAUCAACGGGGAUAUUAUUCUCCUCUCCGAUAUCGUCCCCGCGAUCGGGCGCGUGCAGGCGUUUUUCAGCGAGUGGAUCCUAACCGCGUCGCGAUGGGACGUCGCGGUGGAUUUCCCGUAUUCGUUUGAGAAAGACGCGUGGCGGCGGAAACCCGGCCCGGUUGGGAUGAUGGCGGAGGCGCAGCGCGAGGCGGAGAUCCGCCGGUUCGUGCGGCGCGAGGGGAGCUUGCACACGUACGGCGGGGUAGACCUCUGGGUGUGGAACAACGUCCCCAACGUUCCGCUUUUCUCGGCGCACAUGCCGCCGUUUUCGUUCGGGCGCGGGAAGUACGACAACUGGUUCGUGCACGAGUCGGUCGCGAGCGGGCUGCGACAGGUGGUGGACGCGAGCGACGCGAUCACGAGCAUCCACGUGGCGCACACGUACUCGCACGUGCGCGUGGAGGAGAGCAAGGCGGGCGGGCAUUUUUGGAGCACGCGGAAGAAGAGCAGCUGGGAGCUGUUUGCGAAUAUUCACCUGGCGGAGACGCACGGCACGUAUACGAAUCAGAAGGGCACGGCUCUGCACACGCCGUGGCGGCUUUCGUCAUGCUACGAACCCGAUUCGCUGAACAUCUGCAUGCUGAAGCGCGAGCGACCGGCCAACUGCUCCUGCGAAUACUCAGCCUACGAGUACAAGACCCAGUCCGACCCGCGCAAGCACCACUCGGGCGACUUCUGGAUCUGCGGCGUCGUCUCAAUCGAUCGCCGCGCCGAUUUCGCCAUCAACGCUGUAGCCCGCACCAACUCCACCGUCGGCCUCCCACACACCAUGGAGCAGCUGUUACCACAGCUGGCCAGGAUCGUCCCGGACGUCCCCUUGCCAGGCGCUGCUGGCUCUGGAAAGCCCAAGGAGCUCAAGGUGCUCCUCAAGAGCGGCAAUGGUGGGUCCCGGCAGCGGCUUAAUCUCCUCGGCAUCGGCGCCUUCUCUCCUACCGCAAUUAGCGGCGGAUCUUCCGCUGCCGUGGAAGUCGCAGAGAGUUUUGACAAACCUGCGGCUGCGCCGGCAAACGCGGAGGAUGAAGCGUCUGUCGACGUCGAGAAGGUUCGCGAGCAGCUUCUUCGCGAGGGCUUCGUCAUUCUCAAAGACGCGCUUCCGCGAUCAACGGAAUGGUCCGAGCCGCCUAAGCUUCCCGCUCAGCUCUUCCCAACGACAGCAGCGUCCGAAUCGGAAUCGGAGUCGGACGCUGAGUUAAUCUCCACCCCCGCGUCGCUAGUAGCCAAGGCUCUCCUGCCGUCCUUGCCGGCGUCCGCGCUUCGGGUGGUGGAGGACGUGACGGGGACCAACGUGGAUCAGGGCCCUGCCACGUGGCACACUGUGAUUCGUCAAUGGUCUGCUGGCCUGGGCUGUUUGGACGGCAAGACGUGCGAGGACCCGAGAUUCGUCAGUGACAGCUGGCAGGUCGCCUGCACGCCGCCUGCUGACGUGGAGCUGAGUAGGCAGCGCCUGGAUGAUGCGAUUCUGACUGUUGUGGUUGCCACCCAAAACACCAGCGACACGUCAGCGCCUGCCCAGCUGGCGAUCUUCCCGCACAGCCAUUGGCUCGUAGCCGAUUGGCUGGAUGCUGCUGACAAGGAACCCUCCUUGAACCUUCUCCCCCGGCCAAACCAACUGCCUCUGCCAGCACCCAUCAAGGUCUCACUCGCCUCUUCUGAUCUCCUCCUUCUGCAUCCCUGGGCUGUCUUCUCCCUCCUCCCCAACCCCUCCUCCUCCUCCACCUCUAUCUGCUUCGACUCGCUCCUCCUCCCCUCCCCACCCGAACCCCUCACCCCUCCCCCCUCCCCUUCCUCCUCUUCCACCGUCCAAUCAUCCACAUCAGCCGCAGUCGCCGCAGCUCCAUAUCGCAUGUGGGCCAGCGCUCCCGCUCCGACCAAUCAGGAGGCAGGCGCUGACGUGGCAGCACCGCGAACCUUCUCCCUGCCGCCAGAGCUGAGCGAGCAAGAGCUGGAAGCGCUGGAGGAGGAAGAGGAAAAGGCCAACCUCGGGAAUUGGGCGGUAGCCAUGGUCGGCCGUUCCUCCCCAUCCGCAGAAGCAGCAGAAGCAGCGGCGGCAGUGUCAUUCCCCCAUGCAGACGCGCGCAGCCUCAUGCUCUGGCGUCUCACCUCGCAAGCCCGUCACCUCCUCGCAGCCCAAUGCUUCGAGGAGGCGCUGCCCCUUCUCAGGAGGGCGGUGGGGCUGCGCCCGGGGGAUGCGUGGCUGUGGUACCAGGCGGGCAGGAGCGGCGAGUGGGCGGCUCCCAAGGGACAGCUGGCGGGGCGGGCGGGGAGGAAAUGCAUGCUGGAAGAUUCCGAGCGGUUUCUGCUGCGCGCCAUUGAGCUAGCUCCAGCAUGGCCUCUGCCGUACGCUUCUCUCAUCAACGCCCUUAUUGCCAUGGGUCGUGGGAGGGAGAAGGAGGCACCAGCAGUUUUGCACCAGCUGCUUGCGAUUCCACGCCUUGCUGCAAUUUGUGCUGCCGACCCAGCAACCGCUGCUACUGUCAACCACGCUGUGCAGGUUCCCGCCGUCAUCCAACCGCAGGAGUCGUUCGCCCGGCAAAACUACUCCUCGGCCGCCGAGGCUGGGAUCAACGAGCAGAUCAAUAUCGAGUACAACAUCUCGUAUGUGUACCAUGCGCUGUACUGCUACUUCGACCGCGACAACGUGGCCCUGCCAGGCUUUGCCAAGUACUUCAAGGCAGCCAGCAAUGAGGAGCGCGAGCAUGCAGAGAAGCUUAUGGAGUACCAGAACAAGCGUGGUGGCCGGGUUAAGCUUCAGUCCAUCCUGAUGCCCGCGACCAUGGAAUUUGAUCACCCUGAGAAGGGUGAUGCUCUUUACGCGAUGGAGCUUACCCUAGCUCUUGAGAAGUUGGUCAACGAGAAGCUGUUGGCCCUUCACAAGGUGGCAUCUGAUGCUGGAGAUGUUCAGCUUACCGAUUUCCUGGAGGGCAACUUCCUGAACGAGCAGGUCGAUGCCAUCAAGCAAGUGUCAGACUAUGUCGCCCAGCUGAGACGUGUUGGCAAGGGUCAUGGCGUGUUCCACUUUGAUCUGGAGCUGGAGGCUGGAGCGCACUGA